AUGCAGCAGCAGCUGGCAUUUGACGCGAGCGAAGGUGUGCAACUUUCGUCUAUCAACACCGAGGCCGGCCACAAGUUCUUGUCCUCGGUGCCCGUGUUCGAAGACUUGCCGGCAGACAUAGUCUUGGGGGCCGACUACCUUCUCUCCGGGGAUGUGCGCCUCACUGUGGAAGGGAGUAGCGUCAACCUCCGUCCCGUAGCCCGAAGUACGCCUCCGGCUCAACCAGCGUGGAGUGUGGAUGAAAAGUUCCGCCACUACUUGUUUGGCCGACACUUCACGGUGGUAACAGACAACUCCGCCAUUGCAUGGAUGUUCCAGAAGCGGCACCUCAAACACAAGUUUGCCCGAUGGAUUGUUCGGCUCCAGGACUACACGUACGACAUCCGUCACCGUGCUGGCGCACAAAAUCAGCUGGCGGACGCUUUGUCGCGAAAUCCGAUCGAGGAAUCCUCCCCACGGAAUCCAGAAAGCUGGAUUAUGUUUUCUCAGCAGGACGUGACGAAGGCCCAACGCGGCGAUGAAGGUCUCGUAUCCGUUAUAGACUCCAUUGAGGAUACAGGACCUUACGUGAUGGCGAACGGACUGACGGAAAGGUCGAACCAGACUAUCCAGGCUCGUCUCGCACCGUACUGGAAGAAUCACAAACGAGGGGAAGCUGACUGGGAUGACCAUCUUCAAGCGGCUGCAUACGCAGUGAACACGGCGGCACACAGCUCUGCAGGAACUUGCCCCUACGAGAUCGUCUACGGCCAGCUCCCGCAACUGAAUGCUACAUUCGGUUUGGACACUCCCGUCAAAGUUAAGUGUUCCGUUGCACGCCAGACACUUUGUCGCGAAAUCCGUAUGGAGGCGCGCAGGAGGAUUGCACAUGCUCAGCAGGCGCAAAAGCGGUACUACGUCCGACGCCACCGUCCGGCGCCGAAAUAUAGUAUAGGCGACGAGGUGUGGCUGCAGCGAGGUGCUCCAUCGUCUUCAGACAAACUUCGCCCAAAGUACGAAGGCCCGUUCAUUAUUUCCGAGCGCUUAGGAGAGAACACGUGGCGAUCGAGUACGAUCCACGGCUUCUGA